ACUGUACCUGAGGAGGAAUAUAUUACGGGAUGAAAGGAGACACCCCAGUGAACAGCACCAUGAGCGUUGGCCAAGCCAGGAAGCUGGUGGAGCAAUUGAAGAUUGAGGCUAGUUUCUGCAGGAUAAAGGUGUCAAAGGCUGCGGCUGACCUCAUGGCCUACUGUGAUGCACAUGUCUGUGAGGACCCCCUCAUCACCCCUGUGCCCACCUCAGAAAACCCCUUCAGGGAGAAAAAGUUCUUCUGCGCUCUGCUUUGAGACAAAUCAGGGAUUGAAGUGGUCCAAGUACAACUGUACACUGUGUACUUGUAUUCACAGUGUGUACAUGUACUUCCAAACUAAAAUAAGACAUCCAUGUAAUAUAGCCACCUUGCAUAAAAGCUGCCGUAGUACAAAACGUCCAUGUUCUGUCACUUGUAGAAAUGAUCCAGUGAAACAAAAACCCUGAUGAUUUAACCAAAACCAUAAUAAAACCAUCAAGACCCAGGAGAAAAAAGGCAGUGUCAUCUGGUUUAUCACAUCUCAUGCUAGCACAUACUGGCAGUUACCCAGAGCAGAGCUUGUAAUGUCAUUUUAAUGGUUCAGCAGGUUGAGCUUGUGUCUUGGUUGUAAAUUGGUGGUGCUAUGUCAGAGAUGGUGUAAAUGGUGGGAUACAAAAACCCUUCAUUUAUACAAAGAGGAAAAAAAGAUAUUUCUCUCAUCCCAAGGAACUGAUUUCAUAGCCUACUUGUCUUUUUUAUAUUGGAUUAAGUCAUAUCUCAAUUUUGGCAGUUACAUGUGACUUCCGUUGUUUAUAGGUAAACCUGUUUUUAAAAUCUUAUGGUAGAACAUAACUAAUUUCUAAUAGUUGCUCUAAAAAGGACGUGGAACAAUUAAAGUAUGAGUGUGCAUAGGUGCUACUGUGAAUCUAGCAGCAACUUGAGCAAAUUGUGGCUAUUCAAUUCAGAUUUUAUAGUUCAACAGCACAUUUUAUCUAUAGGUAUGUAAUAAGUCUACCACUGUAUUCUAUGCCAUCAUGCUUAAUAAACAGCUGUUCUGUUAUGACUUCUUUUGGUAAUUUGUAAGAUAUUUAUCUGUUCAAUAGAGUCCCUUCAAUGU